UCACUAGUGUAAGUUGACUGGCUCUCGGGGGAGAACCACUCCUGGAAUUUGUUCAGUUGUUACUGUCUGGGCCAGAGCUGUGCUGGCCGUGCUUGGGGCUGCUGCGGGCAGGGAGACGAGCUCUGGGCUGGAGUGGGGUGAACGUCUGCUGGAGAUUUUCUACCUUAAACAUUCUCAGUCCAGCUAUGGAUUAUUCAGCAUUGAACUUAGUGUUGCUGCACUGGGAAGCACGCAGGCCCCAUGGCCAGAGCCCGUAUCGACAGCAGCACAGGGCCUCCUGUUUUGUCUCCAGAAGUGGGGAGAGCCUGCCACGUCCUGCCUUCCUAGGGAUCACCAAAAUAAGCUCUCCGUGCUUAGAAGCAUACAGUCACGCCACUGAAAGACCCCAGAGUCUGUGAGAGCUUUUCUAAAGCUCUACAUUUGAUGGAGUUACUUUUUAUCCACAUGCAGGAGGGCACUGCCAGAUGUCUUAGAUUUUUCUACUUUUUACCCAUAAGUUGAAAACUGAUCUAUAGUAAAAACAAUUUAAGUCAAAAACUCGUUCAAGUAACUGCAUUUUACCUUUAUUUUUUUAUUGGCUUUGUUUUUGAGGUAGGGUCACAUAUAGCCCAGGCUGGCCUAAAACUUGUCAUGUAGGCAAGGAUGGCCUACUUAACCUCCUGGUCCUCCGGUCUCUACUUCCCAACUUCUAGGAUCUCAGUUGUCAUGGAUGAUGAUGAUGACUCGUGUCUCCUUGAUCUUAUUGGAGACCCACAAGCAUUGAACUAUUUUCUGCACGGACCUAGUAAUAAAUCGAGCAGCGAUGACUUGACGAAUGCAGGAUAUUCUGCAGCCAAUUCCAAUUCAAUUUUCGCCAACUCCACGAACGCUGACCCUAAAUCGUCCCUCAAAGGUGUAAGUAACCAGCUUGGAGAAGGGCCCAGUGAUGGACUGCAGCUUUCAAGUAGCCUUCAGUUUCUUGAAGAUGAGCUUGAGUCUUCUCCUCUUCCUGACCUUGGCGAGGACCAACCCUUUGACAUUCUUCAGAAAUCCCUGCAGGAGGCUAAUAUCACUGAACAGACGCUGGCAGAAGAGGCGUACCUGGAUGCCAGUGUAGGCUCAAGCCCGCAGUUUGCACAGGCUCAGCUCCACCCCUCUUCAUCAGCACCCUUUACUCAGGCUUCCAAUGUUUCUAAUUACUCAGGGCAGACGCUGCAGCCUAUCGGGGUGACCCACGUGCCUGUGGGAGCAUCGUUUGCAAGCAAUACAGUGGGUGUGCAACAUGGCUUUAUGCAACACGUGGGGGUCAGUGUUCCCAGCCAGCAUUUGCCCAACAGCAGCCAGAUUAGUGGCUCUGGGCAAAUACAGCUAAUCGGGUCGUUUGGUAAUCAGCCUUCCAUGAUGACUAUUAAUAACCUAGAUGGCUCGCAAAUCAUAUUAAAAGGCAGUGGGCAGCAAACCCCAACCAAUGUGAGUGGAGGGCUUCUGGUUCACAGACAGACUCCUAAUGGCAACUCGUUGUUUGGGAACUCCACUUCCAGUCCCGUAGCACAGCCUGUCACCGUUCCAUUUAACAGCACAAAUUUUCAGGCAUCUUUACCUGUGCAUAACAUCAUUAUUCAAAGGGGUCUGGCACCAAAUUCAAAUAAAGUCCCGAUUAAUAUCCAGCCGAAGCCAAUCCCGAUGGGCCAGCAGAAUGCCUACAAUGUGAACAGCCUGGGAAUCCAGCAGCACCAUGUACAGCAGGGCAUCUCCUUCGCCUCUGCAAGCUCGCCCCAGGGCUCUGUGGUUGGUCCACACAUGUCUGUGAACAUUGUCAACCAACAGAACACAAGAAAGCCUGCCACCUCUCAGGCCGUGAGCAGUGCAGGGGGCAGUAUCGUCAUUCAUUCCCCCAUGGGCCAGCCUCACACCCCCCAAAGUCAGUUCCUUAUACCUACAAGCCUUUCCGUCAGCUCCAACUCGGUACACCAUGUCCAGACCAUAAAUGGACAACUUCUUCAGACUCAGCCCUCUCAGCUCAUCUCUGGCCAAGUGGCCUCAGAGCAUGUCAUGUUGAACAGGAACUCCUCUAACAUGCUCAGGACCAACCAACCGUACUCUGGACAGAUGCCUAACAACCAGAACGCCGCUGUCCAGCUGGUGUCUGGGCAGACUUUUGCCACCUCUGGAAGUCCAGUGAUUGUCAACCAUGCCUCUCCUCAGAUGGUCGGAGGGCAGAUGCCCUUGCAGCGGGCUUCACCGACUGUAUUACACCUGUCACCCGGGCAGAGCAGCGCUUCCCAAGGAAGACCAGGCUUUACCGCCAUGCCUUCAGUGACCAGCAUGUCAGGACCCACGCGGUUCCCGGCUGUCAGCUCAGCCAGCACUGCUCAUCCCACAGUGCAGUCUGGGGCAUCGGGAUCGAACUUCACGGGAGACCAGCUGGCACAACCAAACAGGACUCCAGGACCAGUCAGUGUGCCCCAUCGUCUUCCAGUCUCUUCCUCCAAACCUACCAGCACUUUCAGCAACACCCCGGGAACGCAGUCACAGUUCUUCUGUCAGGCACAGAAAAAGUGUUUGACCCAGACCUCCCCGAUUCCCACGGCCAAGACCACAGACGGCCUGAGGCAAUCCCAGAUCCCUGGGCUCUUGAGCACAGCACUGCCAGGACAGGAUUCUGGAAGCAAAGGUAUGCCAGCAUCCUUGGGGACCGCACAGCCACAGCAGGAAAACCCAGUUGGAUCAUCCCCUAGCCAAACAACUGUGCAGGUGGACAGUCAUUCGGGACAGAAAAGGCCUGCCACCAAACAGCUAACUAAAGGAGCUUUCAUCCUCCAGCAGUUACAGAGGGACCAAGCCCACGCUGUGACACCUGACAAAAGCCAGUUCCGAUCACUAAGUGACACCGUGCAGAGACUGCUGUCCUACCACGUGUGCCAGGGCUCCAUGCCCACGGAGGAAGACCUGAGGAAAGUGGACAGUGAAUUUGAAGAAGUCGCCACUCAGCUCCUCAAAAGGACCCAAGCGAUGCUGAACAAAUACAGAUUCCUGCUCCUAGAAGAUGCCAUGAGAAUCAACCCCUCUGCUGAGAUGGUGAUGAUUGACAGGAUGUUCAACCAGGAGGAGAGAGCUUCCCUGUCUCGGGACAAGCGGCUGGCGCUCGUGGAUCCUGAGGGUUUUCAGGCCGAUUUCUGUUGUUCCUUCAAACUUGACGAGGCCCCACCUGAGGCACCACAUGACAGGAGUGACCAGCAUCGCAGCAAAACCAGCUCGCUCCAUCAGGCGCCCAGGGGCCAAAGCAGAGACCGAGCCAAGCCAGGCAUGGCAGAAGCAACGAAUCAUGAGCAGUUUCAUCUAGUGCCUAACCACAUCGUGGUCUCUGCAGAGGGAAACGUUUCUAAAAAGUCAGAAGGCCACGGUAGGACCCUGAAAUAUGACAAAGGGGGCUUAGGCCAAUACCGGGGUGCACCUGAGGACAAGGGCAGCCGGAGGGACCCGGCCAAGGCCAGCGGGUGCUCUCCAGGCCCAGAGGGCCACCGCAAGACUAUGCCCAGGCCAGAUCAUGGCUCUGAGAGCAAGCUCCCAGGCAUCCUGGCCAGCUCGCACCUGGAGAUGCCGUGCCUCGACUCCUUCCAGGACAAAGCCCUGAGGAAUUCCCCAAAGAAUGAGGUUUUACACACAGACAUCAUGAAAGGGUCAGGUGAGCCCCAGCCGGAUCUCCAGCUCACCAAGAGCCUAGAGAAAACCUUUAAGAACAUUCUGGAACUCAAGAAGGCGGGACGGCCACAGAGCGACCCUGCAGCCAGCGGCGCCAUGGACCUUGACUUCCCCAGCUUUUCUCCAAUGGUUUCGCAAGAAAACUGCCUGGAGAAGUUCAUCCCGGACCACAGUGAAGGCGUUGUAGAAACGGACUCCAUUUUAGAAGCAGCUGUAAAUAGUAUCCUUGAGUGUUAGUAGCCGUCCUCCCCAGCCCCUCCCGGACCAGUUACAUUCUCUCCCAGCAAAGCAAUGGAAACGUCCCCUGUCUCCAGCCUGCUUGGCCCUCCAUCACAGGUUAUUCUUUUUAAUCUCGACCCUGUUCUUUUGAAGAGCAAUACACGUCAUCGUGGCUGCAGGGAGACCCCCUCAGUAAACCCAUCUCUCCCUAGAAAGCAGUCCGAUAGGCCCUACACAUUUCAAGUGUUACAAAAGUGCUUAUGGCCAUUGUUCGUUCAUUUGUUUCGUAGUUUGUUUGUUUAGCGCUGUCACUCGAUGAGACCACAGUACACUUGGCCCUGGUAAAAUUUUGACAAUCAUAAGUCAUUUCAAAAGAACGGACUUAUUAAAGAAAAAUCAAACAGGACUGAUAGAAUGUCUCACUGCAGCUCCAAACCAGCGGUUUUGUUUUUGUUUGGGGGAAAAGGGUAUUUGUGAAGGGAAGUCCGCAUUCUUUCCUCCAUGCUUGAUGCUCUCUGAGCAGUGGGUAGCCAGCUUCUCUGCCUGGAGCCCCACAGCCCUGGCCUGAGACAUGUCUGAAGCGAAGACGCAGAGCAUGUGCAGGCCUUCCCUCUUGAACAUCGAGUGUUUACGGGAUGCUGCUGAAGCAAACCUUUUUUUACGUUUAGCACAUCCCUAUUGAAUCCCGAGAACGUCUGUUCUUAGCCCCAGGUAUGCAGCUUACAGUUCUCCAGGCUCAGUAGGGAACAGUGGGGACCAGCUCAGAAGCAGCGGGCUCGGGAGGCUGCUGCACUUUAUAAUCGGGUGACGUCAGUGUACCUUGUGUUUUUGAUUGUUGCUGAAUUCUGUUUGUUUAACCUCUUUAUCUCCUCAUCCUCAGCAAAUAGCCAAGCAUCAAGAGUGCUGUCACUUGAAAACUUUUUCAGUUUAAACUUUUUAAGGGACUUCGGCCUUGUUAGUGCUUCCUCUUCUGAGAAGGAGUCAACACUGGUGUUGGUCAUUCCCAACGCAGUAAACCAAGGGCAACACCUGCAUGCCGUCACCAGAAAGAGCCCCCGCCCACGUGGGUACCCACGUUUGAGCCUCCGCUUUAUUUGUAUUCUUUUCGGGAAUGUUCCCCAUUUUCCCUUCUUGGGGGCCUGUCCCAGGGCACGGUGUCUCUGUUGCUGCUUUCAUUCCUCAUGUCGUAGAAAGCAUUGCUAGGAAAGCUAGGUCAUGGUGCCCUGUGUUCUCCUGCCACACUGCCCACCUGUGUGAGCCUGUGGGAUCUGUGAGGGCUUGCUCCCUCUCCAUCCCCUGGCUGUAUAAAUGCAUCCGUUGAUGUCCACGUCAUUGGAUCCCCAAGUGGAGUUGUCCCUGUGGUCAUCAUGUUGACUGUUUCUUUUCCAGAUUGACCUGCAGAGGAAAGGGAGGCUUCUGAUUUUUUUUUUCUUUUUCAAAUAACACAGCAACAAUGUAGGCAUGUUGGCACACACCUGUAAUCCCAGCAGUCAGGUAACUGAAGCAGGAGAGUCAUGAGUUCAAAGCCAGCUUGGGCUACAUAAUACACCCCUGUCUUAAAAACAAGAACAAAAGAAAUCAAGCAGCAGCAAACUGUAUGUUCCCUUUCUACCUACUGUCCACCUACUGCAUAAAGAACCCUGUGAGACAACCAGUCUUCAAGAGAGCAGCGUACUUUCUCCCAGCUCCUAGCCCAGCCGAUCAAAUAGAGCUACCCUUUUUCCUUAUUUUGUGCCAAUGUCCAAGUUGCUGGCUUCCUUCCUGUAUUAUAACACGUUAGAAAGAUGAGUUGUUUGCCAGUUAGAACUCUGUUUGGGCCACCCUGGGCUAACAGCCUGCCCUGAUCCCUCUGACGUCACAGGCUCUUCUCAUAGCCUCGUGGUUGCCUAAUUCAAGGCCCCUAGAUGCCUGCACAUGGCUACUAUGAAUUACAUUAAUUAUUGCAAAUCAGUGGAAUUCUUGAAACAAGAAAGGUCUUGUGUAUAUUUGUUACCUAUUUCCUCCCCUGCCACCCUUCUGCCCCAACCCCAGCUUUCCUCCGUCAAAUUACAGGGCUUCUAAGCCCUACCAUUGGUCCCGCAAGGGGAAAGCCUAACAUACCAAAAUGAGACUUGUAAAUUUUUGUGUCCUUGUAUGUAAGUUUACUUUUUAACAGAGGAAAGACUCUAGAUAAUGACAAAUGAAGAUUACAAAAUGUAUUUUACUCCUGUGAUUAGGUUACAACGCGUGGGUCAGAACUCAUGUGCGAGCCCCCUCUGGUGAAGAAAAGCACCCUGCUCAGUGCCAGCAUCUGGUGGUUCAGGCUCAUUAGUCAGUUGAGUCCUUGUGCUCAGUAACAAAAAUCACUUUUUCUUUUCUUUGUUUUUAAUCUGUUUGUUGUUGUGGGGAAGUAUGGAUUUGUUAUUACGCAUUGAUUUUCUGUGUCCUUAAGUACUGCCUAAAGAUGAAGCAAAUUUUGAACUGGCAAUUACGAAAAGGAAACCCUUUCGCUCUGGAGAAUUUAGUAGACUCUGUUAGAUUAGGGAGGCCUCACAGGCUGGCCGGCUCAGAGGACGGUCACUCACUGUCAGUGUGGUGUGGGCUUUAUUUGCUUAAAUACCUUCAUUUGUAUAGUAUGUCUCACUUGAAAUUGCUUUGUAUACAUUUUGUAAAAAUAUUUAUAAAAUGUUUUGUAAAAAAAAAAGUAUAACAAAUUGCAGUUUAUUUUGUUAUGUUGGAUAAAUACUGUUAAACCAGUCAGUACCUAUAUUGUUAAUCCAUGGUUAGGAAAUGUUCAGUUGGAGAUUACAAAAUGAAACAACCAUUGCAAUACAGCCAAAGAUUUGGGAAAA